UCAAACUCCUUGCACUUGUGAGGCAGAACCAUGGAGCUAAAUCCCCAGCCCCAAGACAUUUUUAUGUGAUUAGUGAAUUUAAUAUUCUACACUGACUUUUCAAGCCUAAAGAGUUUUUACAUUUUUCUGCUCUUUCUCCUGGGGUGGUGGGUGAAGCCGGACCCAGGAGAGCCACCCCUCCGCCGUCCUCUCUGAAAAUGCCUGGGCCGCACUUUGCACUUUGCCGACAUUGCCUUGAACCGCUAUUCUUUCAGCCAGAUUUUUCUGUACGGUCCCUAAGGGCAGGGGGCGGGACGAAGAUAGAUGAACAGAUUUGGCGGCCAGUCACCGGCGAGCGAAGGUCGGGGCACUGGGUAUAGUUCCGUUUCCGGUGGCGCCGAUCCCUUGGUCCUGGCUGAGGUGAGGGCUACGGUAACGCCGUGAGAUGCCUCUGCACAGGUUCCCGGUCUACCUGUGGAGGCGCCUGCAGCUGCAAGGUGGCAUCUGCUCGCGCCUGCCCACCCAUUUCCUCCGCUCCUUGGAAAACACCCGCACGCCUACGCCCGUCCACUAUCAGCCUCACGGGACCAAGUUCAAGAUCAACCCCAAGAAUGGGCAACGGGAGCGCGUGGAGGACGUGCCCAUCCCCAUUUACUAUCCCCGAGAGUCCCAGAAGGGGCUCUGGGGCGGCGAGGGCUGGAUCCUGGGCUACAGAUACGCUAACAACGACAAGAUGUCAAACAGGGUGAAGAAGGUGUGGAAGCCACAGCUGUUUCAGCGUGAGCUCUACAGUGAGAUCCUGGACAAGAAGUUCACUGUGACUGUAACCAUGCGGACCCUAGAUCUCAUUGAUGAGGCCUAUGGGUUUGACUUCUAUAUCCUCAAGACCCCAAAGGAAGACCUGUGCUCCAAGUUUGGGAUGGACCUGAAGCGAGGAAUGCUGCUGAGGCUUGCCCGGCAGGACCCCCGGUUGCACCCAGAUGACCCUGAGCGGAGAACAGCCAUCUACGACAAGUAUAAGGAGUUUGUCAUCCCAGAGGAGGAGGCUGAGUGGGUUGGCCUGACGCUAGAGGAGGCUAUAGAGAAGCAGAGGCUCCUGGAGGAGAAGGACCCUGUCCCCUUCUUCAAGAUCUACGUGGAGGAGCUGGUUGCACGGCUUCAGCAACAGGCAUUGUCAGAGCCUGUGGUAGUACAGAAGAGAACCAGCGGGAAGUGACCAAACAGCCUCUUGAAUGCCUGACCACCAGGCUCAGCCUUUCCUGCUGGAUCUUUUAUCACUAUGGACACAGAACCUGGGAUGGCCAUGAGGGCCACCUGUGGGCAGUGGGUGAAUCCUGGUUUUCGUAUGCUAGCCUCACAGCUCCUGGGGGCACUUUUGUCCCAGGAUACCCCAGAGGCCCUGCCCAGACUGGGGCAAAUCCUGGACAGCAUUUAUUAUGCUUGUGGGUCAAGGACCAAGUAAAGUCUGAGCCUGGCA